GCAUAAGCUUUUGCGGCGUUCCUUGACCCUCUUGUUUGAGGAAAUUUGUGGUGAUGACUACACUUCCAAACACACAGAAAAUGAGAACUCUAGCCGGCUACGCCACAAUGAUCAUCGACGCAACCUUUCCCCUUUCACCCCACAUCGCUGCUAUUUUCCAAUAGAUGCCAAGAGAAGCAAGUGGCUUAUAAUGAACUCCACACGUCUCUGCCAUUCCUUGGAAAAGAAGUAGAUGGUGCAAUAGAUUCAGUUGCCAAGAACGCUGAUUCAAAUGUUUAAAGAGCCACCGUCUCCUUUGGGCAGUAUCCUUUUCGGCUGCUUCAGACGGUCUGUUGUGUUGGUGCCGCUUCUUUUGGUCUUUUAUGUUAUAAGCAGAUUUCCGGAAAAAGUGGGGGAACCAAAAAAAAGGUGAAGAAAAUGAUGCAAGGGGAUGGAAGAGCAACGGCCAUCACCACCGCCAGUACCUGUUGCUGCCGAUCAUCUAGAAAUCCCAACUGUAUUCAUUACUGAGGAAGAGAUGGCAGCAUUCGAAGCCGCCAUUACCAGCGCUGCCCGCUCUCUCUCCUCGCGCUCGUUGUCGUUGUUGCAACCAAAGGCACUUCGCGCACCGCCAUCACCAUCGUUGCCUUCCUCUUCAAGAUUCGCAAUUUUCCCCCAUAAUGUCCAAACAGACUGGAAAGCAAAUGCCGAUCGCAGAUUUUCGAAUCUCUCGAAUCCGGCGGAACUGGACGUUGAGGACUCUGGUGGGCGCACCACCAAUAACUGUUUGCGGCGCUCCAAGUCCCUUCUCAGGCGCUAUAGAAUGAGAAGGGGCCUCUCUGUUACGGACAUCACUGGCUCGGAAUGGUGUGAAAAGCAAAUGGAAUUUGUUCUUACCCGCGGUAGACGAGAAUUGACAGAGGCCAUGAAAGCUGGUAGUUUUCGUCAUCAACAACUGGAAGAAGAGGUUAUGAAAAGGGUAGAAAUUCGUAUUGAGUCACGUGAAGAUGCCUGGGCAUUGAAACUGCUGAACUUCAUCUAUGGAACUAAUCAAUUAUUAUCCAAAGGCCUAACUCGUGAGCUACCAAUAGUUGGCCUUGUGGAAGGUGUUUGGAUGAUUGGAGUGAUUGAUGAGGUUCGAAUGUCUACAAUCAAAGGUGUCCAAUUCCCCUCAUUAGUUGAUACGAAAACUCGACGUCAGAAUACACUCCCCUCUGAAGCACAAAAGAGAAAUGCAAGGCUUCAGUUAAUGUGCUACAAAUAUUUGUGGGACUAUAUUGUGUCCAACGACUUCCCAAUUGGCUUCUUUUUCAAGUUUUUCGAACUACGGCCACAUCACAAGUUUUCUAACGAAAUUAAAGAGAAGAUUGCUAAUUCAGGAUUGCAUAUAGAGACACUAGAAGAAUUAGUCAACCACUUCAGAGCCAUUUGUUGCUCAUUGGUACCAUCGCAUGAUGAGCUUCUUCUCAGGUAUGAACACCAAGCAGAUCACGCUGUUCUGGCUGAAGAUACAUUUACAUUUGAUUGGGACUGGUUUAAGAGCCAGAUAGGACACUGCUUUCAAUUCUGGCUGGGAAAAAGAGAAGCUGGGUAUGUUUCUGAGGAUGAGAGGUGGAAAUGUCGGCACUGUUCCUUUUCUGCCACUUGUCCACUGACCCAAAUGCAGUCCAAUACCAAAGAAGCAAAUAAUUGAUACCCUUUUUUUGCUGCACGCUUCAUGUCACCCAAGUACGAUUAUGGUGCUUUGGGUCUUCAAAGGAGAUGCUGGACAGAUUUUCAUGAAAGAUGCCUGUUUCUGUGAAAUGUAUGAAUUAAUGUAUUUUCGAACUCAAUCUCUUUUGGGAGCUCUUGAAAGAAAAUUAGCUGAGCGUCCAUGAAAUCGUCGUAGUGGGUACUUUUUUGCUUUGUUGUAAAUGCAGUCUUACUAUGCUUGUCCUUUUAAUUGAUUCAUUAUUAUUUAGCGAUAGGCUGAUGUUUGAAUCGAUUAAUUUAAUGAACAUUGUAACUGUUUUAUUUGACCA